AUGGAUGAGUCAAACAUAACGCUUCAUCCCAGCGAAGGCACAGAGAACAUCUCAAUGCACAGAAACAUUUCUACACAGGAAAGGGUCUGGGAGAUAUUGACCCCACUUUGGGUAAUUAUGAUCAUCUCCUUCCUGGGUUUUUGUGAAAAUGGAAUUGUCCUCUGGUGCCUCUGCUUCCAGAUCAAAAGAAACCCAUUCACUGCGUACAUCACACACCUCUCCAUUGCUGACAUCUCCUUACUGCUUUGUACAUUUAUUCUGUCCAUUGAGUACAUUGCUGGUUUUGGAUUCGCCUAUGGUUUUUACUAUUACAUAACCACCACACUAUCUAUUGUCUUCCUUCUUGGAUAUAAUACUGGUCUCUAUCUCCUGACAGCCAUCAGUAUUGAGAGGUGUCUGUCUAUUGUUUACCCCAUCUGGUACCGAUGCCACCGGUCACAGCACCAAUCGGCAAUUGUGUGUGCAAUUCUGUGGACUCUGUCUUUUCUGAUGACAGUAGCCGAAUACUUAACAUGCAAAGAUGAUCCAACGAAGGACCAAUUUGAUGAUGGCAACCAUUGCCAAGCACUGCUCAUCUUCACAUGGAUCCUGACUUUCAUGAUCUUCAUUCCUCUAAUGAUUCUGUCCAGCCUGAUCUUGGUUAUCAGGAUUCAUCGUAACUCCCUGAGACCUCAUUCAUCAAAGCUCUACAUCAUCAUUGUGGCCACAGUCAUUGUCUUCCUCAUCUUUGCCAUGCCUAUGAGGCUGUUGUAUCUUCUGAAUUACCACCACUGGUCGUCUUUGCUCAGCCAGCAGAACCAUGUCACCGUUGUUCUCUCCACCGUUAACAGUAGCAUCAACCCCCUUGUUUACUUCUUCGUAGGAAGCAGCAAGAAGAAGAGGUUCAAGGAGAGCCUCAAAGUGGUUCUUAGUAGAGCACUUGCGGAUGGGUUGCGGCCAAGAAGCCAGGAAGUUGGCAUGAGUUUGGAUAUAGCUGAAACAAUUUUCUAAAGCUUAGGGGGGAAACUCUAGGGGCAAAUAAUUGGGCUUGGAAGGUUUAGUAAACCACUGCAAAACUAAAAGCAUUUUUCUUCCAUAGAAUGAAAAAGCAGUGGUGAAAUAGUACUGUUAUCUUUGGUGGGUAAGCAAUGGAAAAAUAUGGACUAGAAUAAAGAUAACUUUUAUUUGUAUUUUCUUAAUUAUUCAAACACAUGCUACAUCCUGAUGUGACUAUGUCAGUCAAAGAUACCACAGUGGAAAAGAGACAGGCCAACAGAGAAUAUA